GAAGACUCACUACUAGCUCCUUAUCCUUAUCCCUACCUUUUUACUCUCACCACUGCUCAAACCUCUCAAAUAUCUAUAACUUUCACUAUCUAGCUUAGCAAAUCAGAGUGUUCCCCGACAACCAAACCAUCAAAGCUUCGAAUUGUUGCAAUGGCAGAAGCAGUAGUGUCGAUUGCUCUAGAAACCUUGCGUGAUUUGUUGUUGGAAGAGGCAAAGUUUUUAUACGGCGUGGGCGAUGAAGUGAAGGAGCUCGAGUGGCAGCUCAAAGAGAUGAAGUGUCUCAUCAAAGACGCCGAUAGACGACGACAUGAAAGCGAAACCAUUUUGAAUUGGAUCUCGGAGAUCAAAGAUCUUGUGUACAGAGCGGAAGCUGCCAUUGAAAGACACACAGCUCAUCAAGUGUGUUCAAGGAGAAGACGAGGGCGAGGACUGAGACAGCUCAUCUGCAGAUAUUCUUGUAGUUUGGAAGAAUACAUGUCGAUCCACCAACUAGGCUCGGAGAUUUCACCAAUCAAAUCCCGUCUUGAAAGGAUAAACAAGGAAAUGUUAAAAAGUGGGAUAAAGAAGAGCAUCAUCAACAAUACAGAUGAAGGGGAAAGCUCGUCCGCCAACAACAGGGCGAGGAUGACCUUUCCUGAAUUCGUGAUCGGAGACUGUUUUGUGGGGAUGGAGAAUGAGCUGAAGCAGCUUGAUAACCUCUUAGUGGAAGAGAAAGAUCAUCGAUUAAUUUCAGUGUGGGGAAUGGGGGGAUCAGGCAAGACCACCAUUGCCAAAAAACUCUACAACGAGAACAAGACUAGCUUUGAUCUUUCUGCAUGGGUUUGCAUUAGUCAGCAGUGUCAGAGUUUUAAAUCAGUUUGGGAGGAUGUUCUGAAGCAGCUAGACCCACAAAUAAGAGAGGACUUUAUGCCAAGUCUGAGCGAGUGGGAGUUGAAGGAGCGAUUGUGCAAGAUACAAAGAGAGAAGCGAUGCCUCAUUGUUGUGGACGAUCUUUGGAAAGUUUCUGAUUGGAAUGAGUUGAAACAUCCCUUCCUUGUCCAUGAUCUGCGGAGCAAAAUCUUGAUCACCACGCGCGAACAGGAAGUUGCAGAGAUUGGGUGCCCCGUAAAACUUGGGCUUCUAAAUAUGGAAGAUGCAUUGGAACUACUCAAGAAGAAAGCAUUUCCCCAUACCAACAUUCCAGAGUUUGCAUUGGAAGAAAAUUUUGAGAAAAUAGGGAAAGAAAUGGUGCAGAAAUGUGGGUAUUUGCCGUUGGCAAUUUCUUUACUUGGCGGGGUCUUGAGAAUGAAAAAUUCGAUGAAGGAUUGGGAGUUAGUAAAUGAGGAUAUCAAAGACUUCAUAUAUAGAGAUGAAAGUGAGAUUGAUGGAGUGCUAAAUUUAAGCUAUGAAAGUCUACCCUAUUAUUUGAAGCCUUGCUUUCUCUAUAUGGGUAUAUUUCAAGAGGACGAAGAUGUAGAUGUUGAGGAUCUAUAUAGGAUGUGGAGAGCACAAGGCAUGAUUUCAUAUGAGAAUAUUCGAGACAAGGACAAAACUUUGAGGGAAAUCGCGGAGCUCUACUUGGGUGAAUUGGCCUCCAGGUCCAUCGUCCAAGUUGACAUUAAUGACUACUAUGGUGUCACACCUGGGGAAAAAUAUUCGAGGUGCAAACUUCACGAUGUAGUAAGAGAACUAUGUUUAAAAUUGGUGAAAAGGGAGGAUUUUGGUGUGGAGAGUUUGGUGUAUCAAAGUGGGAAACUUAGUACCUUACUACGGCAAGCUUCCUCUCAUAUGAGAAUACGACAUUUGGCUAUCAAUUUCAAAGGUGAAGUCCAAGUGCAACCUGAUGAGCUUACAAUCACUUCUGGAGAAGAUAGUAGCAAACAUUUAAGGUCUCUUCGAAUGGUCAAUUGCAUAUAUCCGAGUGUUGUUGAGUUUCCCCCACAAAGUAUAGUUGAUUUUCAGAAAUUCAAACUACUGAGAGAUCUGGUUAUAGAUGGAUUCAAAUUUGCAGGAAGAAAGUUACCGAGUGGAAUCAGUAAUCUUGUUCACCUAAGACGUUUGUGUUUAGAAAGAUGUGAAUUUGAUAAGCUAACGUCGUCCAUAAGAGACUUGGUAUACAUGGAUACCCUUGAUUUAAAUUUUUCGAGAAAUGUUGAAGUUCCAAAUGUUUUUAAGGAGAUGCUAUGUAUGAAACACUUGUUUCUUCCCACGUACGAUGAUGAAAAGAUUGGAAGUUAUCGAUUAACAUUGGACGGGGAAGUGGUUGAGUUGGAGACCCUAUGGGGGUUAGAUAGUAGAGUGCAUGAGUUAAAAUGUAUGAACAGAAUGAAGAAUCUGCGAAAAUUUUCAACAGAAAUACACGACAAUGAAAGCUUGUCAGCCAUGAUAGACGCCAUUGCUACCAUGGACAAGUUAGUAGAUUGUAAAGUUGAAAUCAAAGAGGGUUGCGAGUUAGGAACAAAUGAGGGAGUGUUAAUAUUGAAGAAGGCACUCACAUGCUCCAAUCUUCAUGACUUGUGGAUUGAAGUUAAGUUAGGGAAGGCCCUGGCAGAGUGCGGCCGUGACUUCAGCAGCUCUAAACUUACGAGUUUGGACCUAUAUGAAUGUGAGAUUGAUGAUGAUCCAAUGGGGAUACUAGGGAAGCUUCCUUGCUUGGUAGAAUUGUGUUUAUGGAGGAAAUCAUUUGUGUGGGAGGAGAUGACGUGUCCAUUAAACAGUUUUCCUCGCCUCAAGAAGCUUAUUCUAUAUCAAUUACCAAAGUUGAGGGAGUGGAGAGUGAAGGCAGGAGCCAUGCCCCUUCUCUCUAAAAUAGUGAUUUGGGAUUGUGCUAGUCUGAAGAUGCUUCCAGAUGGAUUGAGCGGCAUUUCUACUCUUCGGGAACUGUGUAUCUAUAAAAUGCCAGAAUUGGGGAAGAGGGUAUCGGCAUCGGGAGAGGAUUUCCACAAAGUCACCCAUGUCCCUUCAAUUGUCAUCCAUGACUAUAACUAGCUAGUUUAGUCUCCUAUAAAGAGAACACUUUUGUAUAAUUGUUGAUUAUAGGUUGAUCACUGGUUCUGUGGAGAAUAACUGAUUAUCACUACCACUUUUGAUGCUCAAACAAAACAUUUUACCUUA